AUGUCCGCUGUAUCAGAAGAUAAUCUCUUUGUAGAGCGAGAAGAAACCCAGAAAUUGGUGGCCAUCCUCACAAACACAGAGUCAUCGGAUGAUAAUGAGAAGGACGCAGCAUUGGUUCGUCUUCGCCAGAUUUUCGACAAUUACUUGGAAUGUCCCACUCUUUUGAGGUAUGACGUUCGAAAUAUCGUGACGGAUCUACUUGAAGUAGCUCGAAAAACCAUUGGCAAGACUGGUGACGAGUCCAUUAUUCCGUUUCAUCAUUGUUCCCAUGCCUUGUCUGCCAUCUAUGCCUUAUCCAAAGUGCGAGGAAGGAAGGAUAUCCAACGACUGCUUUCCCAUGAAGUCGAGGAUCUAGAGCCUGUCCUCCGAGCACUGCAACAAUUGCAACGGGAGGACAAUAACAAUCUACAACAUUUCUCUGGUGACUCGGAUCAACGGCCACAGCGAUGGGAAUCUCUUUACGUGCUUUGGAAUUGGGUGGAGACGCUUAGUUUGGUGCCGUUCCACUGCUCAGCUUUGUUUGCUGAUUCCAACAGUGUCGUGUCUUCGUUGAUUGACCUGGGAAAAGCUCAAUUGUCGCAAACUGGGCCCACCCGAGAAGCGGCUGCAUCCUCCCUUGCCGCGUGGGUAUCACGGCCCGAUUUGGAAAGCACGCAAAUCCCUGAGUUUGUCCAAUGGAGCCGCCGCAUUUUGCUGGAACAAUGCAACCACCAAACACUUAGACAUUCCGACGCAUUUCUUCUCUUGGGAGUUAUUCAAACCCUGGUCCGAAUCAUCAAGGUUUGCAGCAGCUCACGAGACAAAGUCAUGGAUUACAUGUCGGCUCUUUGGCCCGUAUUUCUGCGACUGGAACACCUAAAUGUUUGUGACAACAAUCUGCUGCUGAGAAAAUUCAUGGUCAAGUGGUGGGCACGAAUGGGAUGCAUUUAUUUGCCUCCCAAUAUCACGCAGUGGAGAUAUCAACGGGGACGAAGAUCUCUGGCGGACAACCUUGCCAUGAAAGGACCAUCACAGGCAACUGAUACCCCUUCAGUACAAGAGACUGGAGAUUCUACAGAGUCUCUCACGAGACAUGGUCCACAACAUACUGAUGAUGAGCUUGAUCUUCUGUGGCAUGUCCCAGACGAAGUGGAGGAUGCGAUGGGUUUCAUUCAGCACAAGCUCCGUGACCCGGCUACCAUGGUGAGAUGGGCCGCAGCCAAAGGUGUAGGCAGGCUGACUGCAAGGUUGCCGUCCAUUUGUGCAGAUGAUGUCCUAGAUGCAAUUUUGGAAAUGUUUGUCGACCAAGAAGCAGAUCAGGCAUGGCAUGGAGCUUGUUUGGCACUGGCAGAACUCGCACGGAGAGGAUUGCUGUUACCUCAUCGGCUGUCGCAACUAGUACCAAUGAUUGUUCGGGCCAUUCAGUAUGACGUCGUCAGGGGCCAGAGCAGCGUGGGGGCCCAUGUUCGGGACGCGGCCUGCUACACGUAUUGGUCCUUUGCCCGAGCCUAUGAGCCAACUAUUCUAAAGCCUUACGUCUCCACCCUCUCGGAAUCAAUCAUCCUAACUUGUCUGUUUGAUCGAGAGGUAAACUGCAGAAGAGCUGCUAGUGCUGCAUUUCAAGAAUGUGUGGGCCGGCAAGGAGCAGAUAGUUUUAAGCAUGGGAUAUCCAUCCUUACAGUGGCCGAUUACUUUUCCCUGGGCAACCGGAAAGACGCAUACACAAAGAUUGCAUUGCAUGUGGCACAAUUCCCCGAGUAUCGCACAAAUAUCGUUAAGCACGUCUAUAGAGUGAAAUUGCAUCACUGGGACCCAAACAUUCGUCAGCUGGCAUCAGAGUCUCUACAUGGAUUGAUUUUUCUGGACCCAAAGUACGUGAUUGACUACGCCUUGCCGUACUUGCUCAAGGCAAGUCUGGACCCAAAAGACAUUCCAAUGCGCCACGGUGCCAUCCUUGGUCUCGCAGAGUCCAUUCUUGCUCUUGGCAAACAGGUCGCGGCCAUACAAGACAGUGUACCCGACAAUCUACUGAACGAGAUUAGAGACAUAGUUACCGCAAUUGAAAAGAAUCGACUAUAUCGAGGAAGAGGCGGUGAAAUAGUCCGCGCGGCUGUUUGCAGACUCAUUUGUUGCAUCUGCGCAGCCAAAAUCCCUCUAGUGGCACGGCAGCAAGUGAGGCUCCUCGACUCCAUUGAUGCUUGUCUCCCACAUCCAAACGAGACGAUUCAAGAAAAGGCAUGUGAAGCAUUGCGGGAAUUGACACUUAACUAUUUUCCAGUCGGGCCCAAUGGUCCUUCGGAUCGGCUACAGAAGCGUGUGGUUGACAGAUACCUGCACACUGCGAAGACCUGCGAGAACCCCGCUUCAACGCGUGGCUUUGCCUUAGCUUUGGGGUAUCUUCCAGCAAAACUCUUGGCCCCGUCGCCUUUGGUACUUGAUUCUGUCAUCACGGUGUUACGCAAGGUUGCUAGGCACAACGCCACAGUAGGCGGCGAAAGGGAUGCCGCGACACGACGAAAUGCUCUUAUUGCACUCAAGCGUGUGUGUCAAACAGUGGGGCUGGAGGGUAAUCUUCGAAGCAGUGGUGGUGGUUGCGUGGGGCUGGAUUGCAAGCUUGUCGACGCUGUGUUUGAGACCUUCCUCAAGGGGCUAGUUGACUACAACAUGGAUCGACGAGGAGACGUGGGGUCAUGGUGUCGAAUAGAAGCAAUGAACGGGCUGGAGGCAAUGGCAUAUCUUGCGGUAGAGCAAGGGAGCCAAGAAUCAGUUCCUCAGUUGUUUAGCCACGACCUUGCCAAGAAGACUGUUUCUGGCAUGUUGAAGCAGUUCUGUGAGAAGCUCGAUUCCGUGAGGGUGGAAGCAGGUGGUUGUCUAGAACGCAUUUUGACAAAGGAAGAUCCCAGAGUACCUUCCAUCCCUGAACAUGAGUUCCUUCAACGAUGCUUUGGGCUGGAACAACAUGAGGGCGAUGCUGAAGAAUCGAAGCAAGUCGUGGGCACUACAAACUGGGCUGAUGCUUCGGUGACUUUUCCAAUGGUGGCGAAAGCUUCGAAAGUUGACGAGUACUUUGCUGCUAUCCUCUCUGGUAUGGUCAUAAGCGUUGGUGGUCUGACCGAGAGUAUUUCCAAAGAGUCCAGUGCUGCACUGCUGCAGUUGGCAAAGGAAGCAAGGGGUACUCCACGCAUCACCACCUUGGGCAAUGUCUUGUUGGACCUGUUCCAUACUCACAGUCGCGACGGUAGGGUCACACUGCCUCUCCUCAAGACCAUUGAAACCCUGCUGUCCCAUCAGUGCCUUGACGAGCUUCUGAAAGAUGUUGAAGAAUGCGGUUUCAAGAAGUCGCUACUAAGACAUAUCUCGAACGAAGCAAAGAAUUGCAGAGACAUUCACAGACACUUUGCCUGCAUCGACGUUGCGUUGGGCCUUGUGGGCCCACCUUCUGACGGAGUUGUGGAGGAUGCUCUGGCGUUUGUCUGCGCCCAACUCGUCCAUAGCUUUCCUCGCGUACGACGAUAUGCUGCCGAGCAGCUAUACGUAUGCCUGUUGGAGCAUCCAGAAUACUGGGUGGGCAGCGGUGACGACGAGUCCAGCAUGGAAGAUCUCCUGUUGGAAUUUGCUUGGGAUGAUUCCAACCGCAAGGCCACCCACUGCCGUGAGAUGGCCCAGAAGGUUUCCAAUGCUAUUGGUGUUCCUCUUGUGCUGCCAGAUCAACCUAGUCUGAAGGAUGCUACCAACAAGAAGCAACCAAGGCAACGAGAUGACUUUGCCAGUUAUGCGGCAUUGGUGGGCGCAGUCAAGCAAAGCUGA